AUGGGAAGGUGGUCCCUGGCUCUGGCUCAGGCGGAGCCUGGGAUACAGUGGGGAGAGGAAGGGUGGCCCCGGGCUCGAGCAGAGCCUGAGAGCCUGGGACACAAGGGAAGGGUCGGUCCCGGGCCCUGGCGGAGCCUGGGACAAGGAUGGAGGGUGGGUUCCGAGCUCGAGCGGAGGUUGGGACAUGGGAGGGAUAGGAAGGGGGUCCCGGGCUCGGGCUCCUGCGGAGCCUGGGACACGAGGAGAGGGGAAGGGGGCUCCUGGGCUCGGGCAGAGCCUGAGAGCCUGGGACACAGGGGAAGGGUCCAUCCCGGGCCUGGGUUUAGCUUGGGACAAGGAUGGAGGGGGAGAGGGGCGGAGGAUGAGCGGUCCUGGGCUCGGACACACGUGGGAGAGGAUGGGGGUCUCGAGCUCGCGCACCGGGGAGGGAAAGAGGUCCCGGGCUCAGGUGGAGCCUGGGACACAGGGGGAGUGAAGGGGGGCCCCUGGUUCUGGCGGAACCUAGGACACGGGGGAGAGGUGGAGGUCUCGGGUUCUGGCGAAGCCUGGGACACGGGUGGGAGAAGAGGGAGGUUUCGGGCUCGGGCACGAAUGGGAGAAGAGGUGGGAGAGAAGGGGGUCCCAGGCUUGGGCUCGGACACACGAGGGAGAGGAUAG